AGGGGCGGGGCCGUUAGAGCCGAGUCCCGUCGCCCGGGCAACGGGGGAAGCCGACGGGCGGAGGAAUGGAGGAGGAGGGGGAGCCCGGGGAGCUCGCGGAGCCGGGGGCGGAGGAGCAGGAGGGGAGCGGGGAUGCCGAAGCCCCCGAGAGCGAGCCCGAGACCCUGAGCGCGGGGAGCGGGGAGCCCGAGGGCCCGGCAGAGCCUCCGGAGCCCGCAGAGCCCGAGGGAGCCGCGCCGCGGGCGGGAGAGGAGGAGAGCGGCGCGGAGGAGGCCGCCCCCGGCGGGGCCCCGGAGUCCGCAGCCCCCGGCGAAGCCGCGGAAGAGGAGCGGCAGGAGCGCGCGGGGCUGCUGGCCGAGUACCGGGCGCUGGAGGCCGAGCGGCAGCGGCUGCACCAGGCCGAAGGGCGCCUGCAGAUGCUGCUGGGAGAGGCGCUGCGGAUGCAGCGGGGCGAGCGGCGGACGGACGAGGCGGGCGGGCAGCAGCUGUUCGCCGAGCGGCUGCGGGAGCUGCGGGAGCUGUGGCAGCGGCGGGAGCGGGAGGCCGCCGCCUGGCGGCAGCUGGUGGACGCCCGGCAGAGGGACCGCGCGGACAGCGAGGCGAGGGCCGGCGCCGCCUGGGCCGCCUUCCAGGCGCGCAAAAAGGCCGUGGCCGUGCAGACGGUGGCGCGGCGGCAGGGAGGCAGGGAGGCGGCCCUCAGGGCGGUCGGCGACAUCCAGGCCCGGGAGCAGGACAAGGAGACCUUACUGCGGGAGGCUCGGCUGGAAAACAUCAAGGUGAAGCUUGAGGUCCGAAACCUUGAGAGCGUCCUGAGAGCCCCCGGAGAAACGCUGAAAGGCCGGCACCUCGCAGAAAUCAAUCACAUGAAGAAAGAGAACCAGGAGCUCAACGAAAAGCUUGAUGGACUCAACAGCGAGAUCCUGAAGCUCAAAAAGAAGGUAGCUAACGCAGAACAGACCCUCAGCCACGUCCAGGAGAAACUGCAGUUUGUGGAAGCUGAGAACAGAGACAGGGAGGCUGAGCUGAGAGACAUCAAGAGCGCCCUGCUGCAGAAGGGAGACAUCCUGAGCAAGAGCAAGCAGGCCAGAGACAGUCUGCGGGCACACAGCUUGAAACUGCAGCAGCGACGUGGCUUGCUUGGAGAGGAGGUGCUGCUGCGGGACUUUGAGGAAAAGAUGAACACCAUAGAGUCGUUAAGUCGGCAACUGGAAGCACUGAAACAUCACCACGCCGGUUUGAUCCUUAAACAGAGGGAAAUUCAGAAAAAAAUCAGGGAAGCCAAUUCACUUCUACUUUGAGGAUGAAAAUAAAGCAUGGAAAAGAUCCAAACCAUGGAGUUUUCUGUAAUUCUAGUAUUUCAACAUGGUUCUUCUUGGGGAAGAACUACUACAUCUACUCCUGAAAAAGACUCUUCUAAAGGACACGUCAAUGUUAUGCAUUAAGAGAUUAUUGCACCCAUUUUUGAAUGAAGCCACCUACAUGUACCUCCAUUUUUAAAAAAUGCAAAAGAAGAGCACAGUCAAAAGCCUGCACUUCUGGAAAACCAUCUCAGCGCUGAGUCCUGUAAGGCCAUGGCCAUAUCGUUUAUGCAGAGCACUCAGAUGCCCUAAUUCAAAUCUUGAUUCUAGCAACCCCCUUCCUGGUUCUUAAAAUUCAUUAACAAUUUCAUCUGUAUAACCACACCACCUGUGCCUUCUAGAGGUCCUAGGAGACAAUUAAUUCUAGAGGUUAGCUUUCAUAGAUGUGGCUGAGAGCUGAGGAGGGAUGCUGGGUGUUCACAGCAAACCCAACCUGCAUACAGCACAAUCCUACAGAAGCACUAAAUCCCUCAUCCAUUCUGUCAACAGAACCGGCUGCAAAAUUUGUCUCGGUGUACAAGAUGAAAGGUUUACUACUUCAAAAAUAUGUAUUAAACUUCUCAUCCCAAACUAGA